AUGACAUCUAUUGUGAAAUGGGCGAAGGCCCUUAUCCGACGAAAACCUCUGGCGCCAGUGAACUUCCCAUCAUCGGGUUACAAGUUGAUUCCGGAGUCUCAAUUGGUCGAGGAGGAGCAUUUUGACACAUUCGGCUCAGGAAGAUUCUACCCGGUGCGAAUCGGCGACGUUUACCAUGCCAAAUACCAAGUUCUCGGAAAGCUGGGCUUUGGAACAACUUCAACAGUGUGGCUGGCCCGAAACCUUCAGGAGUGCAAGCUCGUCCACACAGACAUCAAAGCCGACAAUAUCCUGCAAGAGAUCGCCGACGACGAAAUACUGCAUAGUUUCACCCGAGAGGAGCUUCGAGCCCCUUCCCCUCGGAAACUCGUCAAUGGACAUCCCGUGUACAAGUCGCGGCGCUUCGACCUACCUCGCAAGUUCGGUGCAGCAGUACUCAGCGACUUGGGUGCGGCUGAGAGCGGAACUGAAACACACAACCACGAUGUGCAACCGAACGUAUACAGAUCACCGGAGGUAAUGCUCGAGGCGGAUUGGAGCUACCCUGCGGAUAUAUGGAACGUUGGCUGCAUGAUUUGGGAUCUUUUUGAGGGAGAGCAUCUCUUCUGUGGCGACGAUCCUGAUGGAAAUGGAUACUCCACCUGCGCGCACCUUGCAGAGGUGGUCAAUGGGUACGCGAUGGUGACGUUCCCCUCCCUCAAGCAGCCGGAUUUGAAAGGAGAGAAAGAUUUCUGGAAGGAGUAG